ACUCACUUGCUGUCUCUCCUUCCCACAGCCUCCAAGCGCCGGCUGCCAGCCCCCUCCUCCAGCAUGGCCGAUCCUCAUCAGCUCUUCCAUGGCACCAGCUCCAGCAGCACCCCGGCGGGCAGGGGCUGCAGUGCCCAGCAGCCCCCCACUGUCGGCUACCCCACACAGGGCUCUUUCCUGGCCGAGCCCAUGUCCAACUUCGCCAUGGCCUACGGCAGCACCCUGGCCAGCCAGGGCAAGGAGAUUGUGGACAAGAAUAUUGACCGCUUCAUCCCGGUGACCAAGCUGAAAUAUUACUUUGCUGUGGACACUGUCUACGUGGGCAAAAAGUUGGGGCUGCUUCUCUUCCCCUUCAUGCACCAGGACUGGCAGGUGCAAUACCAGCAGGACAGGCCUGUAGCGCCGCGGUUUGACAUCAACGCCCCGGAUCUGUACAUUCCAGUCAUGGCUUUCAUCACCUACCUCCUGGUGGCGGGCUUAGCACUGGGAACCCAGAACAGGUUUUCUCCCGACCUGCUGGGCUUGCAGGCUAGCUCGGCCCUGGCCUGGCUGAUUGUGGAGGUGCUGGCCGUCCUGCUCAGCCUCUACCUGGUGACUGUGAACACAGACCUCACCACCAUCGACCUCGUCGCCUUCUCGGGGUACAAGUACGUCGGGAUGAUUGUUGGCGUCGUGUCGGGCCUGCUCUUCGGCAAGACCGGCUAAUACCUGCUGCUCAGCUGGUGCUGCCUCGCCAUCUUCGUCUUCAUGAUCCGGACGCUGCGGCUGAAGAUCCUGUCGGAGGCGGCGGCCGAGGGCGUGCUGGUGCGGGGGGCCAAGAACCAGCUGCGCAUGUACCUCACCAUGGCCAUCGCUGCCCUGCAGCCGCUCUUCAUGUACUGGCUGAGGUUCCACAUC